CCGGGCGUCCUCGGAAGUGUUCUGGCAAAAGAUUGGCUCGAGUCUGUACCCGGCAGCUCCGCAACCGGCCUCACAAAUAGUGAAAAGAGCCAUGACAGACUCCGAACCAUGGGUCUCUCUCCCGCCACCCGCACCUCCCUGCCCGAGGGCCGCAAAUGGAGCUUCGUGGUGUUCAGCGCUCCCCCCUCGGGCAGCGAGGACUACGUAGCAGAUGUCAAAUCGGCACUGGCAUUGUGGGACGGCAGCGGAUGCUUUGUGUUCACCUCCUCCAUGUCCGUGUGUGGAGUGGAUGAUGGGGGAGAGGUCACGGAGGAAACCUGCCCGUUGGUGGCCCGGGGCGCGAGUGCGUCAACGGACAGGCUGCUGGGGGCGGAGGAGGCCGUGCUGGAGGCGGGUGGCUGUGUAUUGCGGCUCGUGGGGCUGUAUAACGCCAACAGAGGAGCCCACACCUAUUUCAUGAAAAUGGGUACGGUGGCUCGUCCUGGCGGCUAUGUGGUCAACCUGCUGCAUUACGAGGAUGCGGCGGGGAUGGGCGCGGCGAUCCUCCGCGGCGACGGCAGUGGUCCCUUCCGGGGUCGUGUGUUUUUGGGUACAGACGGCCGUCCUGUGACGUUUGAGGACAUGAUGGAGGUGAGCUGUGAUUCGGGGGUAUUCCCCCGCGUGCCGGUAACUUUCACCGGCAGCUUCCCAGAAGGCCGGGGCAAGCGAGUGUUCAACACCGCAAGCAGGGCCGCUCUGGGCAGCUGGAGCCCCCGCUACCCGUCCUUUGCGGAGUUCAUG